AUGAGUGACACUGAUGCACCAUCCACAUCUAAUGCUGGUUCUCCUCAUACACCAGUUAAAAAGAAUCCAUGCGGGAAAUUCAUUGGAAGUGGACAAAAACAAAUGAUAGUGAACUUAUACAAACGCAAAAUUGCCGAGCAACCAUCUAUUACGGUUAAGGAAGUGGUGAAAUUGCUAUCCAGGGAUACGGGUAUUGGCCAGAAUACGAUACAAAGGACAAUUGCCGACUACAAGAAUGCAAAACCAUUACAAUCGCCUAACAAAAAGAAGAUCAGGCUGACAUUCAAAGAAAAAGUCGACGAUUUCGAACGCAAUGCUAUACGUAAAAAGGUACACGAUUUUUGGUUUAGCCGUCAGGUACCCACACUGGACAAGAUCUUAAUUUCCGUGAAUAGUGACCCAACACUAAACACAUACAAAAGAACCAACCUAUACCAUUUAUUACGUGAGCUAAAUUUUACGUAUUGUAAAAGAGGCCGUAAUAGCGCACUUAUUGAACGGGACGACAUUGUAUUGUGGCGAACCAAAUAUAUACAAGAUAUCCGAAAAUAUCGCCAAGAAGGAAGAUCAAUUUAUUAUUUAGAUGAAACGUGGGCAAACAUUGGUGAUUGUAUGGAAAAAAUUUGGGUUGACAAAACCGUUAAAUCACACAGAGACGCGUUUCUGUCUGGCCUUUCGACAGGUGCUCCCAACCCAACAGGCAAAGGAAAACGACUCAUUAUAGUCCAUAUUGGAUCAGAAGAGGGAUUCGUCAAUGGUGGUCUGCUGGUAUUCGAAUCGAAAAAAGGAUCAGCUGACUACCAUGACGAAAUGAACGGAGAUUCAUUUUUUGAUUGGAUAAAAGGUGUCAUUCCAUUGUUAAAAGACAACAGUGUCAUAGUAAUGGAUAAUGCACCUUAUCAUUCAGUGAAAGCCGAACGAUGUCCAACAAUGAGUUGGAAAAAAAACAGAUAUAGAAAGUUGGCUGGAACAAAAGGGUGA